AUGAAAAGAAAAGGAAAAAGUAAUGAUGAUAAAAAAUUAAUUUUAUAUGAUCUUAUGCUACAGAGUGAAUCAUUUUUCAUUUUAAAGGAAUUAGAAGUGUUAUCACAGAAAAAAGGAAUUCGUUCUAUUUUUGUUAAGGAUUUACUUCAACAACUAGUUGAUGAUAAUAAAGUUAAGUCUGAGAAAGUUGGUUUACAAAACAUUUUCUGGGUUCUCAAAACCGAAGAAUCUUCAAAUUUAGAGAAUGAAUAUCAGAAGUUGAAAGAAAAAAAAGAAGAAUAUGAAGAAAUUAUAAAAACGGAAAAAGAUAUAUAUGAUAAAUUAUUUGAUACUUUAAAAUUUUCCGAAGAUGAAUUAAAAAGUAAAAUAGGAGAAGUCAAAGAACUGAUACAAUUGCUGGAUAAAAAAAAAAUAGAAUUGAAAAACUUAAAAAAAACAGAUAUAAAACAGAUUGAAAAAAUGCAAAUUCAAAAUAAGUGUGCUAUCGAAUCUAUAGAGAGAUGGAAUAACAAUAUUUUUAUAGUUAAGCAGUGGAUUCAAAAUAAAACUGAUAAACCAGGAGAAAUAGUUGAUAGAUUAUUAGGAGUAAAAGAUAUAUUUCAUAAUUGGAAUUAA